CCUGAGACAGGUAUGACCUCGCCUUUACAACAGUCAAGGUACAGCCAAAAAAUAUAUAUUACAGGUACUUUGUUUCAAGUUGACGGCAGCUACUAGACAAUACUGUGGUCUGGACUCCGGCACUGAUGGCAGAGAAAAGAAAUGUGUCGUAUGUACCUUUGAAGCAGCCCAUCGUGUUCACAGUGGACGGCUUCAUCAUAACCAGGCAGCAGGGGUACCCCCUGUUUGUGGCCUCCCUCAUCGUGUACGCCGUGAUGCUGCUGGGAAACAUCACCGUGGUUGCAGUGAUCGCCGUGGAUGCCAAACUCCACAAGCCCAUGUACAUGAUGAUGUGCAACCUGGCAGUGUGCGAUCUGCUCGGGGGCACGACAGUCAUGGCCCAGCUGAUGUCACAGUUCCUGACAGGGAACAAGACCAUCGGCUAUGUGGCGGCAAUAGUCCAGGUCUUCUGUGUUCACACGUAUGGCUCAGUCGUUACCACUAUUCUAUCUGCCAUGGCGUAUGACCGCUACAUUGCCAUCUGCCAGCCACUGCACUACCAUGCCAUCAUGACCACUACGAGGCUGGUUUCGCUGUGUUUUGUCGCCUGGCUCAUUCCAAUUUGCCUGGUGAUGAUCCUCCUCAUUCUGACCGUGGGAACACCACUGUGUGGGACGUUAAUCAUGCAUGUCUACUGCAGCAAUAGUGCUAUUCUCAAGCUGGCAUGCGUCCCCACCCCCAUCAACGACAUAUACGUCUGCAAGAUAUCAGCCCCAACACCAGGAAGUUCUGCUCCAUUCUUCUUUUCAUUGUGCCCCCCACAGUCAACCCAAUCAUCUACGGCAUUGCCAUGAAAGACAUACGCACAAGCAUUGUGAAUCUUUUCAAAUCCAAUAUUUCCUCAAAAUAGGUAAAUCAGCAUGUACUACCCAGUAAUCCAAAUAAUAUUUUUAAAAUGUUUAAAAUGUUUAGGUGGAAGAAAGUUGUUAAAUUGGUAAAAAUAAACAAAUAAAUAAAAUUUUAAGAAGAACUGUCUCUAAAACAUAUCCCUAGUAGACAAAGUGUCAGACGGACCAUUUUAGCUGUAAAGUUGUGGUUCAGGGGCUGGCAAAACUAUCUAUUGUGCAAAUAUUGCUACAACAUUGUUAUUCUCCACACCCUUUCACAAUUUCACCUCAUCGUUUUUCCCCCAUGAACCUUUUGCAUUAUAAAAAGCAAAUCUAGCCUACAUUUUAAAAACCAAUAAGAAGCACUUUACUUUUUAAAAUAAAGCACAGCAAUUGUAAUCAAGUUUUUGCUUCUGUUGUCCUUAUAAAAACAAAUAAAAACAGAAUAUUACAAUAAAAACAUU